GCCUCGAUGCCUGCAGGUAGAGGCCUUUCACGCUGUCAUGGUCUACAUAUCCUCCUGGCAGAAAUACCAGGAAGCCGCUGAGGCCCUCUAUGCCAAAUCUCCCCAAAAGGCGCGAUACUGCGUGAAAUUCAAGCAGCCGGAGGGAAAGCUUGUAUUGAAGAUUACAGACGACGAGACAUGUCUCAAAUUCAAAACCCACUCCUCCGUCUUCCUCAAUCGUUUUGAAGCCCUAAAUCUAUCUCUUAUGGAGAAAAUGGUCAACUCCCGCCCACCCCCACCACCCCCACCAUCAUCCUCUACACCUCGACCCAUUUCUCCAGGACCAGUCACGUCUGUGAAGGAAGAAGGUGGCGUUGCAAGUGUUCCACCUUCAACUUCUACCCCUACGGCGGGAGGAACCGCAGGCGGUGGAACAAAGAAAAAGAAGGGAAAGAAGAAGAAAUGAUGAUGUAGAUAUGGAAUCGAGGGGCGAUGGCGUACAGCAGGUGGCGUUGGCAUAGUCGGCAUAAUUGCACUUCCGCACCUCGAAAUUUCUUUCAGUGUGGCUUUGUGGCGCGGAUGGAAUACGAUCCUCUUGAUUUCUCUUGAUUUCUUUUGAUUUCUUGACCCCCUCAAACAAAACUUGCGACUCUUUCUGAACGCGAUGUGUCCUGUCUUGUUUAGUGUGGCACCGAGCGCCUAUUCUUCGCCAGGGUCUUUUUGCACGAAUCCUGCACAAAUC